AUGAAAAGCUACAGCUCGGGGAUCCCACCAGCUAAGACAAAAUCGACCCUUCAUUCCUCCCAAUCGGAACCUGGGUUUCAAAGAGGCCAAGAUACAGAGACAAGACCGGCUGGAGCCUCUUCCUACGCUAAUAUUAGAAGGGAUGGUUUGCGAAAUCAAGCACCUAGCUCCCCACCGCCGCCACUAACUACAUACACCCUUCCCAUUCCCCUCCACGUUAACAAGGAUAUGGAGAGAUGGAUUCACAACACCACGCUUACUGGUGAGGUAAUUUCAUUAACAUACCUUGGACAUCUCCCAGCUUUAAUGAAAAUACAUAGCGACAUUGAGGUAGAAGUAAAAUAUGAUGGACUUUUGCAAGCUAUACUUAACUUCCAAAGUACGGUGGAUAUGAACAAAUUUUUGUGUACUCCCAACUUUGAAGCAAUCAUUAACAAAUUCGGCAAAAUCUUGGUCACAUACGAUGGUGUUAAAGACCGAAUUGACCUAUCAUGCGUUAAGCUUAGAAUCCUUAGUGGAGUUAAAAGGAAGAUUAAUGACAAAAUAAUAGUCUGCUUGAACGACCAACUACUUUCAGUUGCGAUCAUGGAAUACGAGGAUGAGCCUUGGAUACCAUUCAAAUACAACACAGACGAUCAACCAUAUAAAAGUGAAUGGGAAGAAAGAUUUCCGGAAGAAAACAACUCAAUGGAAGGGGACGACAAUGAUGACGCAUCUUCUGAUACCCCUACGAAUGAGAUGGAAGAAGGUGAGAUAUUAGAAACCCAUAUUGUCGGCAACUUGCCGGAAAAUGCAAACGUAGCCACACCGGUGUUGCCAGCGAAGAUGCUAAACUCAUUAAAGUCCCCAAUAAUCGAGGUGACAGGACACACAACCCCAUGCACGAACGAGAUGGAAGUAGAAGGGGAAGAUUCGUCUGGGGAUAAGAACUUGGACGAGACAUCGGUUGACUUACAAAUUAGGUCAAACAGUUCUAAUAUGAAUAUCCAAGCCCAUCUGUCUGCUACAUUGGAAAAUGUUCCUUUGGACAACCCAAACCCAAUUUCACUUGUUAAUGAAUUGGCCCGUUUAGGAAGUUUCGAACCUUUCCCCAAUCAUCAUUAUGUGCUCACUGCUAAUCAAAAAUCCUCCCAUAAACGGAAAAGUCUUCAUAGAUCGCUCUCACCCCCAAUUAACAGAAUCCCGUCAUUCCCCUUAUUAAACGAUGAGUCCGACCAGAACUUAAAAGAAGCAGUGCUGCCGAAGAUUACCACUACCUCUGACCGUACUCCGGCACCUCUCCUGACCUCCUUCACAGGGCAUUUUUCCAUUGCAGAACCCGAGAUCAUUGCAACGAUUGGUAACCUAAUUGGGUUUAGCAUGACAGCAGCACACCCUAUGUGUCACACCCCAAAACUUAGAACGGCGGAAACGUUCUGGGGUGGAGGACGUUAUGUAAAGUAUCACAACAAUUCAAAGUAG